GGCGCGAACAUGGUUCCACCAUCAUCGCUGAUUAUACUCCCUCGGUGUCCAACUUACUAUCUGUCUGGUCUGGCAGUCCAUUUGGGUCAUCCAUUCAUCACUGACCGACAUCUCGUUAUUGACGGACAAUCACUCAAAAAGCACCUCGGCUUUAAUUCAAUUUAAAAUCGUGUCCAGUAUCUACCUGUUUGAAUAAAAUAUUGAAGACAUUUUAAAAUGAAACCGAUCAAAGAUCUUCAUGUUGCUGGUUGAAGCUGCCUGCGAACAACAGAUACUCUUUAGAGUAAUUCUUAUUUCGUCUAGCAUUUUCAUCGAGGCUGGGAUGCCAACUGCUUAAUAUUAAGGUCAUUACCGUUUCUACUGUUAUGGUGAGUGAACUAGUCUGGAUUCAUUACGCGUCUAGCUAUACCGAACCAGAACUGAAAGCAAGGACUCAAUAAUCAAUCAGGAGUGCGUGGAUUCGUAGAAGAUAUCGAGACUUAUUGUGUGAUGAUAACUUAUGGACAACCAAGUAAUGUAUACAUUUUAGAUAACAAAUCAAGCAGGGUGUAUCGAUUUCAUAUUUUUGCAUUCUUUAAUUGAUUCUUGCACCACCCGCGCUAAACUGAAUUCAUCCUUUUCUAAUUUUGACAAAAUGAAUGCCACAAGCAGUAUAAUGAUCAUAAAUGAGAGCAUGGCCGGGAUCUCAACGGAAAGUAUAGAUAUAGUCAGCAAAAUAAACCAAUCAUUUGAUGUGAACUAUGAUCAAACUACUAUCCAACAGGAUGAUUCUGAAUCCGAAGGAGGGCUUAGACGAGUACCAUUAAUCUUGGGCUAUAGCCUGGUUAUUAUCGUCACUAUCAUUGGCAACUUGUUGGUGAUCUUAGCUUACUGCCGCCAUUCUCAGGUACGUGCCAUCCCUACCAAUACACUCAUCUUCAGUCUGUCAAUAUCGGACUUUCUGAUAGGUACCUUGGUAUUGACCAUCAACCUGCAUUGGGUGGCCGAAGACUCCUGGAUGUUUGGUGAGGUCGUUUGCAGAUUGUGGUCAACUUUGGAUUACUCUGCAACCUACAUGUCCACAGUGAUAAUCAUGCUGAUAAGUCUCGAUCGGUUUUUACUGAUGUCUCAGAAAACAAGGUAUCGUACUGUUUGGACUCGUAAGAGAGUUACCAUCAUCAUCUUGGUGUCUUGGUCAUGUAGCAUCGCUAUCUAUUUCUGUGCCGCAUUCGCGAUGAGCGGUGCAGACCUUGUCGAUUUCCAAGACGAAUGCGAACUGGAAAUUGUGUAUCUUUUGCCUUUCACAAUCGGUACUCUGAUCUUCGAAUUUGGGAUUCCAUUGCCGAUCAUCGUGUGGCUGAAUGUAUCAGUGUAUUAUCAAAUUCAUCAACGAUCAAAGAAUCUCCGAAGGUUCAAGACCAAUCUCGGUUUGCCUUCAACGGAGCCACGCAAUGGUAAUGAGAGUCAGACGCACCUUGAGGUGCGUAGUAUGUCACAUGAAGCAGAUCCUUCUGAUCUUCCUUCUGUCUCGAAUGUGAACACGGAUCGAUGGGCAGAACCUGUGCUAGCAGUCAUGUCCAGCCGCAAGAAUCGAUCACUGCGUUCCUUUCUCAUCCCUGGUGUGAACAAUCCUUCAACCUCCCAAGUUCAGAAUGUGCCUAAUCCCGGAAAGCAACGCGUGACGACAUAUCAGCAACAUAAGCGUGUAUUCACCCGUCACAAGAAAGCAGCUUUGACCCUGUCCAUCCUGGUGGGAACGUUCCUUGUCUGCUGGCUGCCAUUCGAGAUCGUCAGCAUCCUACAGGCGAUGUGUGGUGAUGAUGAAUGCUUCUCAGAGACUACAUGGGAGGUUGUCAAUGGUCUACUGUGGGGUAACUCUGCACUCAAUCCCAUCCUCUAUGGCCUUACUAACCCGACCUUGAGGAGGUACAUGAUUAACUUUGGUGGAUGUCAACAACGCUGUCGUCGACCCAUCGUGAGAGUUGGACCUGUCGUUUCAUGAGAGGAACUCUGUGACAUUAUGUCUGCACACUUUACUAGUGUCAAUUACGUAUAGUAUUCAGUGGUAUACAAUCAUGUACUAUAAAUUACUUUGAAGGCUUUGACGCCGCUUGAUUUUCGUCCAUUAACGGUAUUGUCAUCAUUUAUACGAAAUCUCUACUGAUGUAUAAUCACAAAAAUAUUUGUUAUAAUGGAUGAUGAUUGCACGAUUUAUUAGAAUUAAGUUAUCAAUUGUGUUUUAAGUCCUAUCAGUGACACUCGUGGCCAUCAUUUCCAUUUUCGGUACAUAACCGCCAUCAGAUUGACACAUAUUUCACUUCAAGUGCUAACAAACUAAUUGUAAAAUAAAAUGCUUUGGUAGCACCAUGCAUGUUCAACCGGUUAAAAUUCGUUGGCAUUACGAUAGAGUUGUAUUUCAUGAAAUGAAAUAUUUGCAAAACUUAUCAAUUUUCACCCAUCAGCUAACGAUGAAAUGAAAUUAAGUUACGUAGUGGAUCUAUAAAUGGCAAUUUCGUGACAAGAAUAAAUGAAUU